AUGGCUUCACUUCCCGGUUUUGAUCAACAAUCCCAGAUCCUGGUCGUCGGCGCAGGGACAUGGGGUGCCUCCACUGCCCUCCAUCUGGCUCGACGGGGAUACCAUCGUAUCACAGUCCUAGACUCCUAUCCACAGCCAUCAGCUAUCUCGGCAGGAAAUGAUGUGAACAAGAUUGUCUCGUUCACAAGGCCCCCCGAUGACAAUGAUGCAGAUUUUGCGAAUAAGACCUUGAUGGCAGCUCUGACUCAAGGGUACCAGAAUGACCCAGUCUUCCAACCACAUUUCCGUGACGUUGGAUAUAUCUUUUCGGCUAUUUCACCGGACGGACUCAAGCACAUCGAGCGACGCGACCGCGGCGGCGCAGAGCUGGUCGAUCUAAACCACCCGGAGGAUUUUCGUCAAACGAUGCCACCGGGUAUUCUCACAGGCACCUUAACUGGGUGGAAAGGAUACUGGAGGAGGAAGGGAGCCGGCUGGGUGCAUGCGCGCAAUGCAUUGAUUUCUGCCAUCACCGAGGCUAAGCGACUCGGUGUGACGUUCAUCGGCGGUGAUCCUGACGGUAAGGUUGUGCGACUUCUCUACGGUAUCAAGAACGGUGGCUGCUCAGAUGUCAUUGGAGUCGAAACCGCAGACGGGCAAACUCACCUGGCCUCGCGAGUGAUCCUGGCGGCGGGUGCCAAUGCCGAUCAGUUCCUGGAUUUCAAAAACCAGUUGCGGCCCACCGCAUGGACUCUAGCGCAUGUUCGUUUGUCACCCGAGGAGGCCAAAGCAUAUCAAAACCUCCCUGUUCUGUUCAAUGCAGACCAAGGUUUCUUCAUGGAACCCGAUCAAGACAAACACGAACUCAAGGUUUGUGACGAACACCCAGGAUACUGCAAUUGGAUCAUCGGCCCAGACGGCGAGAGGCGAAGUAUCCCCUUUGCACGCCACCAGAUUCCCUUGGAAGCCGCAGACCGAAUGCGAGGUCUUUUACGAGCCACGAUGCCUCAGCUUGCGGAUCGGCCAUUUUCCUUCGCCCGCAUUUGCUGGUGCGCAGACACAGUCGACCGAAAUUUCCUCAUAGACUACCAUCCUGACCAUCCUUCUCUGCUUCUCGCAGUAGGUGCCUCCGGGCGCGGGUUCGCCCAUAUUCCGUCCAUUGGUGGAUUUAUCGUGGAUCGCCUGGAAGGGAAGCUGGAUGCCAGAGUCGCGUCUGCACUGCGCUGGAGGCCUGAGCAGGCGGUCAAUCGGAAUUGGACGGACACGCAGAACCGGUUUGGAAGUCCAUAUAGAGUAAUGGAUUUCCAGGAAGUAGCUGAGUGGACAGAUAUUCAUAGCCCACAUCUGUCUUCUCCUAUCAGCAGCCGAACUUAA